AUGUGCAAUCAAAAUCAGAUAUUAAAAAAUCUUCCUUUAAAAAAACGUCGUGCUUAUAUGAUCGAUACAUCAACAACAAAUAUUGAACAAAAUGAAUAUUGUCCAACAAAAAUUAAACAAGCUUAUUUACAAAAUGAUCCACUUCAAAUAUAUAUACCAUAUUCACCUGUUGUUCCAACACCACCAUCAUCACCACAUUUAGAAUUAUUACGUCAACAAUAUGCUUAUUUAUUAGUUAAUCCAACCAAUAUUAAAAAUAAAAAUUAUUAUCAUUCAUCAACUUACGAUAAUAUAAUGACACAACAAUAUCUAGAUAAUUAUCGAACAUUAAUUGAACAACAACAACAACAGCGUGGUUAUACUAUAGUCGAAGAUCAACAAAAAAGAACAGAUAUAACAAUAGAUGAACAUUUUCGCAAAUCAUUAGAAAAUAAUUGUAAUAAAUUUAAUAUCCGUUGUUUAACUCCUGAUGAUUCAUCAUCAAGUAGUUCUCCAAUAGAACGAACAAUAGUUGAUUCAAUCGAAGAACAUUUUGCUCGUUCAUUAGCAAAAUUUGUACCAUCGAAUAAUAAUACAUCAUCAAAUGAAGAUCGAACAUCAUUGAUUAAUCAACAAAUAACUGAAUCAGUUGUUGAUGAUCAUUUUGAAAAAGCAUUAGGUUCAACAACAUGGAAAAGACUUAAAAAAUUAUGA